GCUGCGGUGCACUUCUGUAUUUUACAAUCACUGCUCCUGGACUUCACUGUUUCUCUCUCUCUAAGGGAUUUUUGGGGACAUUUGCCUGUUUACGUUUCGAUUUCCCUUUUGGGUGCGUGCGAGCAGAGCGUGCUUCAGUCGCUGCGGGACGACAAUCAGGAAAUCUGUAAAUCACCAACCAUGGCCACCAUCAGUAACUCAAACACAUGUUUCGCCUUGGAGCUGUUUCGCACUCUGAGCCAAGCGAACCCCGCCGGGAACAUCUUCAUCUCCCCGCUGAGCAUCAGCUCAGCCCUGGCGAUGGUCUACCUGGGAGCUAGAGGAGACACUGCUACUCAGAUGGCACAGGCCCUCUCGUUGAGUUCGGGCGAAGUCGUCCACGCCGACUUCCAGACACUAAACGCUGACAUCAACUCGCCAUCUGCGUCAUACAUCCUGAAACUAGCCAACCGCCUUUAUGGAGAAAACACCAGCAACUUCCUGACACAAUUCCUCGACGCCACACAGAAGUACUACCAGGCGGACCUGAGGACUGUUGAUUUCAUCGGGGCUCCGGAGGCGUGCAGAGCAGAGAUCAACAGCUGGGUUGAGGAGCAGACAGAGAAUAAGAUUAAAGAUCUGCUGAAGCCAGGAACAGUCAGUGCUAUGACGAGAUUGGUUCUGGUCAAUGCCAUCUACUUCAAGGGAAACUGGAUGAACCGCUUUGAUGCAGCAAACACCAAAGAGAUGCCCUUUAAAGUCAACAAGAAUGAAACCAAGCCGGUCCAGAUGAUGUACCAGAUGAAGAAGUUUCCCUUCAACUACAUCCCUGAGCAUGGUCUGCAGAUCCUGGAGCUGCCGUACAAGGAUGAUGAGCUCAGCAUGUUCAUCCUGCUGCCACAGGAGUCCACUGACGGCUCUGACCCUCUGCUGAAGCUGGAGAAAGAGUUAACACAGGAGAAGCUGGACGAAUGGACCAACAGGGAAAACAUGGACAUCCACUCAGAAGUCUUCGUUCACCUCCCCAAGUUCAAGCUGGAGGAGGACUACGAGCUGAACGAGCCUUUGGCUAGAAUGGGUAUGAAAGAUGUGUUUUGUGCAGGAAAGGCCGACCUGUCCGGCAUGAACGGCCAAGGAGGACUCUAUCUGUCUACGGUGGCCCACAAGGCCUUUGUGGAGGUGAACGAGGAAGGCACAGAGGCGGCUGCAGCCACCGCUGGCUUGAUAGCGUUAUGUAUGUUGAGUGAGGAACACUUCACAGCGGACCACCCCUUCCUCUUCUUUAUCAGGCACAACAAGACCAAGUCCAUCCUCUUCUUUGGCAGGUUCUCCUCUCCUCAGUAGAACCAGCUAAAGAAGAUUUUGGGCCAAUUCAAAUAAAAUCUGCAAAAUUCUUUAAAUGACGGCUUUAUUAAUUACCAAUGACUGUGGCUUGCUAAUUAAAGAACUGUAUUUUUGUCUGCUUUUGCACUGAAAUCAUAGAUGUAGCUAUUCAUACAUUUAUUGAAGAGUAUUCUUGAUUGCAUGCAAUGGGUUACUAGCUUGGUAUUAAUAAUCAAAUGACCUUAUGUAAUCAGCCAUUAAUAUCAUGUUGAUGUACUGUAAGUAAAAGAGAAAUAAAGCAAAUGGGUUAUACAGUGAA